CCACGUGUCGAGUGUUAUGCGGUUUAUUCCAACAGAACAACCAAAGUCUUGCAACAUACGAAGGGAAGACGAGUCUUUUCUUCUUUCCGGAGAAAAUUAGGAACAGAAGAAGAAGAAGAGGCGUGGAUGAGCUUGAGAGCGUGAUCAACCAGUGAAGGACGAUGAUGAGUUCGAUCCCUCAUGGAACAAAGCCAAAAUCUCUCAUUACGGACGACGACAACUGAUCCAGAAGAUGUGAAGGUCAUUAACUGGGAGGAUUUCCAGCACGAUCUUGCCAGGUUCGCCAGUCUUUCUUCCGCACUCAUUCAAGCCAAGGAGAAUAAGCGAACCCUUCAGCAAAAGCUCGAGGCCCUCAUCCAGGUCAAUGCUGAAUCAUUGGGUCGCCUAAAUGAACUUGAGGAGAUGCGUCUGAAAUUGGAAUCAAAGAAAAUGAUGAUGGAGAAUAUGUCUAUACAUUCUAGGCUGGCAAAGGAGGAUGCUAGCAAGCAGGAAGAGCAGCUUAGUGGUGCAGUGCAAUCACUUUUGGUGGCUGGGGGUGCUCUUUCUGUAGCCAGCAGAAAUCUCCAGGAAUCAAGUAGAUUACUCUCUGAAGAAAAUGGCUAUGUUCGUCUGGGAAAAUUGCAGAAGAUGCUAAGGAAGAGGCAACAAUAUAUGACAUCUCAAAUUUCAAUGCUUUAUCCUGUAAAGAUCUUGGUUGGACCAGCACAAGAGCAAGAGCUUGAAGCAUAUCCUUUAGGUAGCCAUGCAGGGACUUCUGCUGGACUUAAACCAGUUAGUCAAGGAUCCUUAACAAUUCAUGGGCUGCAUUUGACCUUGGCUUUUCGGAAGAUGAGCUUGUUCACUGAUAAAAAGGAAAUUCAGAGGUCUGCUACAGCCCUAGGAUAUGUUGCACAUGCUGUUUCACUUAUAGCCUCAUACUUGCAAAUUCCUCUGCGAUAUCCUUUACGGUUGGGUGCCUCUCAUUCAUAUAUUAUUGACAAUGCACCUUCAACAGAACUAACAUCUUCUGAAGCUUCAUCAAAUGCAAUAUCUCACACAAAUGCCAAACAUGUAGAAUUCCCUCUUUUUCUAGAAGGUCAAGACACAACAAGGGCAGCUUAUGCUGUAUUCUUACUAAAUAAGGAUUUAGAGCAGCUUUUGAAUUUCAUUGGUGCGAAGAGUUUGGGACCACGUCAAGUACUAGCUAAUUUGAGGGAGCUUUUAAGGACUAUACAGUCUUCAACUUUUAUAGACAACAUGAUCUAGUUUUUUUUUUAAUUUUUUUUUAAUCUCUACUGUAACUUGUAAAUUGAUUUAUUUUUUUUGUUUCAAUUCUUAUACGGGUGCAAUUUUUUUGGUGCACCUUCGGAUGUGUAGCAUUGUUAUCAGAAUGGAGUCAAACUUUCUACAAAGGAUUUGAUAUUCUUUUCAAAAGUAUACACUACCAUC